CAUUUUUAAAACGGGUAUAUAACUGCUUCCCUUGGUCCAGUUGUUCAUCAUCAUAUUUUUCUUGGGCUUGAACGAUUUCUAUAAUAAUAGCGAAUAGGCCACAAUGGCGACGAAAAUUAUUCUCUUGCUGGCCACAAUUGGGGCAGUUGUUGCGGUUCCUCAUAAGUCCUUGAAACGCCCCAACCACGACCACAUCGACUACUAUGACUGUUCCGGAAAGGCGAACGGGUCAUACGUACAUCCCUCCGACUGCACUCGAUUCAUCAUGUGCUCGAAUGGAAAUGCGGCCGACAUGGCGUGUCCAGAUUGUAAUGGACAUGACCCGCAAUGUGACGGCGAGGCGUACCUUCGUUGGAGUGAGACCACAGGAAACUGUGAAUGGCCAGCAGAUACCGAAUGCGUCGCUGGGGACAGUGAUCCCUGCCCUGGCAUUGUUGCGGGGGGUAGUUGUGGAAAAAAUGAUUGCAAACAUUGCGGAUUUUGUACGGAGAAGAUGUCACAAUACUACCGAUGCAAUCGCACUUUCCCCUCAGAUCCAAAGCUAGAAAUUACUGGCAAGUGGGUCAUCGAGUCUUGUGAUUCUGAUCUCUGGUGGGAUCCUGACCUCAAACCGAGUUCCGAAGUGGAGGAAGGAUUUGGUGGGGCUUGUAACAAAUGGGACAAUCUUUCCCCGGCAACUAAAGAAAAAUGGAGGACUGACAAAAGUUGUAAGGCUGUUUUAGAAGAAGUCUGUUUGUGGGGACAGGAUGAAGGUGACCAGUGUUCAGAACGGUACUGGUAUUAUGACCCCGACACUAUGGCUGUGCGAGAAGAUCUCUCUUGUCCUACUGGACUUUUGUGGGACCAAGCUACUGAGACGUGUCGGUCGUGUGGGAACGUUGCCGGUUGUGAUUGCAAAUGAAGCAUUUAGUUGUAUCAUUUCUACAAAAUGAGAAGAAAAAACCUUCGUAUUUCAGCUUUGAGUAAUUAUAAAUAGAAUUCCUGUAAAAAUUAAUUGGAAAUGUAACUAAAAUAGUUACAGUAUUUAAGCAAUAAAAUCUUGCAUAUAAA